CCGGUGCGGGGGCUGCAGACCGCCGGCUCCGCGCGCCCUGCUUGGGCGGGCCCAGAGCCCCCAGGCGCCUGCCUCCGCCGAGUGCCGCUGACGUCAGAGAGGCGAAACCCAGAAGAAGAAGAAAAAAGACACGAGGGCGGAAGGGGAAAAACUUUAUUUUUUCUCAUAUUAUCUUCUGGGGCUGAAGUGAAGGGCAGGAGACUGCGCAGCGCAGAGAGAGCCGGGCGCGACCCCAGCCCGCUGCACGCGGAGGAGCUGGGCCACGGAGGCCCGAAGGGGCGCCCGGUAUGUGGGAUCCCCAGGACUUUGAACGCCACUGGCAGGCCGAGUUCCCUGGGGAGGAGGCGCCAGUCAUGCAUCUGGAUUCGGUGCUGGACAUGGAGCGCGAGCUGGAGCGCAGCAAACUCAAACUGAAGUACCUGCAACAGGUGCUGGCUGAGGAGAAGUUCAAAGUCGUCUACCUGCAGGCGGCCCUGGAGAAGCGAGACCUCCCCUGCGGGCGCCUGGAGGAGGGAGACGGCGACAGCGGGGGGGUCUCGGCCGAGGAGCCGGCGCCGGCGGGACCGGAGCAGGCGCCACCGCCGCGCAAGAAGGAGGGUGCAUCAGGCUUCGGCGGAGGACCCCCCGGGCCUUCGCUCCCCGACCCAGAGGUGGCCGCGAAGGCCAAGAGCCCCUCCUACGUGUGUCUGGACCUUCCUACCUGGCCCGGGGCGGCGGGGGCAGGGGAAGGCGGCACCUGA